AUGAAGCUGUCAUCGUCGACCUCCAUUCUUAUCAGAAAAGCUCGGUUAUCUCCAUAUCUGUUCUCCUUGUUAGCCUUCACCCUCUUCGCCAUCUUUCUCUACUCUCAAGACGUCGGCUAUCUCAAUCUCAGUAUCAAUCCCAACCCAUCACCUUCCACAACUGAGAAGCAGUACAAGAAGCUGCCGUUUUCGAUUGGGGAGAAGGAGGAUGGAUGUGAUGUUUUUAGUGGGAAAUGGGUGUGGGAUCCGGUGAACCGGCCGUUGUAUCAAGAAUCGGAGUGUCCAUAUAUACAACCGCAGCUGACGUGUCAGGAGCACGGCCGGCCGGACCGGGAUUACCAGUUUUGGAGAUGGCAACCCCAUGGCUGUUCUCUUCCAAGGUUUAAUGCAUCACUAAUGUUGGAAACACUAAGAAAUAAGAGGAUGAUGUUUGUCGGAGAUUCGUUAAACAGAGGUCAAUAUGUAUCGAUGGUGUGUCUUCUCCAUUCACUCAUCCCUGAUCAUGCAAAAUCCAUGAAAACUUUCGGUUCUCUAACCGUUUUCACUGCCAAGGAUUACAAUGCAACGAUUGAAUUCUAUUGGGCACCCUUUUUACUCGAAUCAAACUCUGACGAUGCUGUUGUACAUCGUAUUUCUGAUAGAGUUGUACGAAAAGGUUCAAUUAACAAGCAUGGAAAACACUGGAAAGGCGUUGAUAUUAUAGUUCUCAAUACCUACUUGUGGUGGAUGACGGGUGCUGAUUUCAAAAUUCUGCAUGGAUCGUUUGACGAUGAAGUGAAAGAGAUAGUAGAAGUGUCGAUGGAGGAUGCUUAUAGAAUGGCGAUGAAAAGUAUGUUGCGAUGGGCAAGGCAAUAUAUGGAUCCGACAACAACAAGAGUCUUCUUCACCAGCAUGUCUCCGUCUCAUGAAAAAAGCACCAAUUGGGAAGGCAUGCCAAAUGGAAACUGUUACAACCAAACAGAAGUGAUUGAGGAUCCGAACUAUUGGGGACCAGAUUGCAAGAAAAGCAUAAUGGAAGUAAUCGAAGACGUCUUCAAGAAAUCAAAGUUUCCCUUAACAUUUCUAAACAUCACACAACUCUUACUUUACCGAAAAGAUGCCCACACAUCAAUAUACAAGAAACAAUGGACCCCUCUGACACCAGAACAAAAAGUCAAUCCUGUUACUUAUGCAGAUUGCAUGCAUUGGUGUCUACCCGGGCUUCAGGAUACAUGGAACGAGCUCUUGUUUGCCAAACUAUUUUAUCCUUAAUAACUUCAACAUAAAUUUAAUUGAUAUUUUUUGUUGCAUAUAUUAAGGAUGUCUUUCAAGUUGAUAUUAUUUA